AUGCCAGCUGCAACCUUCUCACGGGAGAGAGGGAUGAUGGUGAUAUGGGGUGAGGUGCAAGACAAGUCGAUCAACCAAGAGGAUCUCAAUGAAUGGUGGACGUACGAGCACCUGCCGGAGCGUCUGGCGAUCCCGGGAUUCCGACGAGCUCGUCGCUACUACGCCGUGGCGGACGAGGAUGCCAAAUCCCAGUACCUGGUCUGCUACGAGGUCUCGUCCCUGGACAUCUUCACCUCGCCCGCGUACAUGGCCGCCCUGAACAACCCCACACCCGCCACCCAGACGUACAUGCCCCUGAUGGCGUCCAUGAACCGUCUGGUCUGCCGCGUGGUCCAGUCGUGUUCGCGGCCCGAGUUUGGCGAAUGCUCCGCGUCCGGCACGGGAGCCACGCUGGUGCUCAUUACCUUCCAGCCCCCGACGUCGCAGGACCUGAGGGACGAGCUCGGCGGGUGGAUCGCGGAAUCCAUCUGGCCGAGUCUGUCGAGCCAACACCAGAGCCUCCUCGCCAUCCACCUGCUUCGGUACGACAGUUACGCCUCGCAGGCUGGCAGUUCGACCAAGUCAUAUGAGAAGGUCAGCUUCCAGUCGGCCGCGACGGGCGCCAGUCCCGAGAGAUGGGUCAUCCUGGUCGAGUUGGCCGAGCCUAUCGCGGCCCCGUUUGCCAAGCAUCGGGUCGUGACGCACAGCAUUGUUCACAAGUUGAAGAGAUUCGCCGGCGAGAUUGAGUCUCAGGCAUUUGGACUCAUUUGUGCCUUGAGCGAGUAG